CUCACCUGCCUCGCGACUGAACCUGGCACAUACAGUCGCUCGUGCGUGGAAACAGGCGCCGACUUUUCCAACGGCCGUGUUUUUUUUUUUCUUUUUGAGCUGGAAAAAAGCGAUUUUGAUCGGAUUAAUUUGACUUUUUACCCGCUUUUAAAGGUCAGAAGUGUUUGUGAACGCUCCCUGAGGAUGGCGGAGGAAGUUGAGCGAUAAAGAGGCAGAGGGAAAUUAACCUUUAUCGUGUGUGUGAGCUGACUAACGUUAAAACGGGGAGACUAGCAAAAGAGACGUUAAAAACUAAGAGUAUGGAUCAGCGCUCAUCACAGGAGAUUAUGAAGUGGGUUUAGAUCCCUUAUCAGCAAUCACUGGGACCUUAAAGGAUCUAUGCAACCUCAGAGAACCAUUUUCAUCAUCAACAUAAUCAUAAUCUAUUUUGAUUAUAUCUAUUUUAGAACUUGAUGAGAUUAAAUGUCUGGAAAUUGCCAGAUUUUUUAGUUUAAAUUGAUGUAAUCUGACACACAGAUUGUGAUAGAUUUGGAAAAGAUAAGGAAUAUUGUAGUGCUUUGUUUAUCAUGUAGACAAGCUGACGGAGAGACAAAGUGACAAGUCGAUAGACAGCGAGUUCCCUCACACUCAGGCAGGUCACCAUGCCAGACGAGUCACAAGGUUUUCAGGUCAAGGGGGGGGUGGGAGGAGAGGCGUCACAGGUGCCGGACAUCGUGGUCGAUUCUAGCCACGGGGAGGGCAUCACCAGAGGCAAUAUCCUGGAGCUCGACGAAUUCAGUCAAACAACAGAUGGCAUAAAACAAUCCGCACAAAGCAGCGACAUUAACAUUUUGCAAGGAGGUGACAGCACAAAAAACAGGGGUGACGUCAGUUUAGGUCCAACUGACGGGAACGAGACCGGACUCAGUGAAUCCCAGGUUUGUGUGGAGGUGGGAGUGGUGAAAACUGCACAGGCCCCUGAGCCUCUCAAGGCCAAUUCUUUGUUGAGGGGAACAGACAACAGUGGCUCAUCACAAACGAAUGGAAGCAGUGACUCUGACUACAGCAGCACAAAAUCCAGCCCUGGUUACACUAGCACUAGUUUCAGCACCGACCUUUGUGAUGGAGAGUUAUCUGAGCUCGACCCAAGCUCGUUUGAAAAGACAAACAAUAUCUCUUCGGUCAAUUUCUCAGAGCCCAGUUUAGACGCUCCUGAAUCUAGCAAAACCACCAAAACUAGUCCGGAUGAAAACGGAGACAAUUCCGAAACAGACCGGAUGGAUAAACUGAAAGCAGAAAACUUGCUCAGCGACAGUUCGCCCGUAUUCACAGAUGUUUCAUCCAGCGACGCCCAGCCGAGGGACAGCAUCGACAUCAGAUGGGACGACGAGGAUGAGGAGGACGACAGGCGAAGCACCUGGUCCAGGCGGAGCGUGAAGGACGGGGUGUGCUGCUGCUAUCAGGCAAUCCACAGGGCUUUUCUGCAGUGUGUGGAGGAGACUCCGGCCAUGCUGUCUGGACUGGUGCUGUCUUUGGCCUUCUGUGUGGCCAUCAUCGUUCUCAUUCCUACCACAGGAAGGAACAUCAGCGUCCAUGUUGGCGCUCUGGCAGUGGUGUGCAUCGUCCUCUGCCUGAGCGCCGUCCUGCUCGUCUGUCUGCCCUGGCUGGCCACGGUGAGGCGCUGCGGAGGAGCCCUGGCCCUCUUCGUCUGGGGGACGCUGUACAUCACCGCCAUAGUUUUCAUCUUCACCGGAGGACCCGUCACUACAUGGGAACAGGUAGCGUUCUUCCUCUUCCUCUCUCUAAGUGUCUACACGGUGCUGCCUCUGUCUCUGGCCUGGGCUCUCAUGGUUGGGAUUGGGACCAGCCUUUCACACAUCAUCAUCAUCAGCGUCUACGUCCCUGUUACGAGCCCAGAGACCCCGGACCUGGCUGUGCAGCUGGUGGCGAACGCGGUCCUCUUCGUGUGCGUGAACUGCGUCGGGAUUUUCCACCUGUGGACGACGGAGCACGAUCUCAGGCUAUCCAAUCAGAAGAGAGAGGAGUUCAGCGCCAUCCGUUCCCAGAAGGAAAUAAGGAAAUAUCAGCAGGAGCAGCUCCUCUUGUCGGUGUUGCCACGCUACAUCGCCAUGGAGCUGAAAACGGAGGUGAUAAAGAGGCUGUCCAAGCCGAAGGGCGAUAAGGAGAAUGAAUCCAACUUCCACAACUUCCACAGCCUCUACAUACGGCAGCACAAAGACGUCAGCAUCCUGUAUGCGGACAUCGUGGGCUUCACAAAGCUGGCGAGUACCUGCUCUCCAGAGGAGCUGGUCGCUGUGCUCAACAAGCUCUUUGGCAGAUUCGACGACAUAGCCAAGAAGAAUGGAUGUCUUCGCAUUAAGAUCCUGGGUGACUGCUACUAUUGUGUAUCUGGUCUGCCUGACCCCAUUCCCACCCACGCUAGGAACUGUGUUCAGAUGGGGCUGGACAUGUGCACUGCCAUCAGUAAACUGCGUGAGGCAACAGGUGUGGAGAUCAGCAUGCGGGUUGGCGUUCACACAGGCAACGUGCUCUCUGGUGUGAUCGGCUUGCAGAAGUGGCAGUACGACGUGUGGUCACAUGAUGUGACGUUAGCCAACCACAUGGAGUCUGGAGGUCUUCCUGGACGAGUCCACAUCACAGAGGAGACUCUGCAGCAUUUGAACGGAGCGUACCAAGUGGAGGAAGGGGACGGGGGGAGUCGGGAUGCUCUUCUCAAGGGAAGAAAAACCUACCUGGUGAUUGACCCCCACAAGCCAGACAGUGUCUCAAGGAGGCCUAAACUGGCAAACAGUCUUGCCUCAGGCGAGACCAGGCAGCGGGCGUCAGUCCGGAUGUCUCAGUACCUGCAGUCCUGGCAGACCAUUCACCCCUUCGCUGACCUGAGCAACCCCAAAGCCAAACCCACCAAGAAGACGAUCAUCCCCAUCAGUGCUGUCACGAACCAGUCACAGCUUACUCUGGAAAGACCACCAUGUCAGAACAACACCUCCUGUUUGGUUGUGGAUAAUAGUGUGCGGGGAUCCCUGGACACAAUAGAAACUGCAGGGAGAAGAGCAAAGAAGCUCAACUGUUUGACUCUGCUGUUUAAUGACCUCAGCCUGGAGAAACAGUUCCGCCUCUCAGAGGUGACAGGUUUACACCAGUCAAUGAGCUGCUUAGCUUUGAUCUUCGUUACUCUUUUCGCCGUCCAGAUGCUUGUCUCUGAAAAGAACUUUGAGAUGGCGGUGUCCUACGGUGCGACCUUCCCUGUGCUCGUGCUGCUUCUGUCCAUCACUUUCACCGGAUACUUGGAGAAGUGGCGCUCCAAGAUGCCUGUGGGUGUCCAGUGGAUAUCAGGACUGUCCCGCGGCAUCGCCACCAGGGCGGCACUGCGACUGUUCGUGGUCACGCUCUGCGUGCUCGUCACCCUGCUCAUGGCAAUCCUCAACUUUUUCUUCCUGCCAGGAAACAACUGCACCGCUAUUGCGAACACGACAGAGCUGGAGGGUUUCAAACUCUACACUGUGCCCUACUACCUGUACUGCUGCCUGCUGGCCAUGCUGGGAGUGAUCGUGUUCGUCAGGACGUGCAUGUCGGUGAAAGCGCUGCUGCUCACCUUGGCCGUGGUGGUUUACCUGGCGCUCUUCCUCCAUGUUUACGCCCCACGCUCCUACUGCCUCAUCGACCUGCUUUACAACGAUACAAACCCAGGAGUGCUGAAGGACCCUCAAAUCAUGUCCGGGGUUUGGCUCGUCAUCUUUUAUAUCGUGUGUCUCAUACUGGCCAGACAGGAUGAGCUUAGUUGUCGUGUAGACUUCCUGUUGGACCGAUGUUUCCAGAUGGAGCGAGAGGAGAUGGAGACCAUGGAGAACGUCAACAAGCUCCUCCUGCAGAACGUCCUGCCGCUCCACGUCGCCUGCUUCUUCAUGGGGAAAACUGUUCGGAACCAGGACCUGUACAGCCAGUCAUAUGACUGCGUGUGUGUGAUGUUCGCCUCGGUGCCUCAGUUCAAAGAGUUUUACAGCGAGAGCAGCGCCAACAGGGACGGCCUGGAGUGUCUGCGCUUCCUCAACGAGAUCAUAGCAGACUUUGACGAGCUCCUCUCCAAGCCCAAAUUCUCAUCAGUGGAGAAAAUCAAAACAAUCGGCAGUACGUACAUGGCUGCUGCAGGCCUGACUCCUCCAGGGGAUGAAAGAAAGAAAUGUGACAUGUCCCUCAGUCAUGUGCGCGCCAUGGUGGAGUUUGCCAUCGCUCUGAUGGGCAAACUGGAGCUGAUCAACACACACUCUUUCAACAGCUUCAAACUCAGGAUCGGAAUAAACCAGGGUCCAGUGAUCGCUGGGGUGAUUGGAGCUCACAAACCUCAGUAUGAUAUCUGGGGGAACUCUGUGAACGUGGCCAGCAGGAUGGACAGCACAGGAGUGUUGGACAAGAUCCAGGUGACGGAGGAGACGGCCCAGGUGGUCCAGAGCGUAGGAUACAGCGUCACCCUCAGGGGAGUAGUCAACGUCAAGGGCAAAGGGGAGCUCACCACCUAUUUUAUUAACACGGACCAAUCGUCUCCUCAGUUCUGACCUCCACAGUCAAACACUGAUAAACUUAUCACUCAGAUCUGAGUCCAAACAUUAGCUGCAAAUGCUAAUAACUGGGUUUUUUAAUGGGUCCUGGUCCCCCACAGAGGUGAACAACACAAUCAGUAGCAGUGACUUGAAAACACGACUGUGUGUUCACCCAUGUCUGUAACCACGUGCAAGCACCUGCACUGACUUGUUGCUGGAGAUGUAGCGACGCAGGUCACCACCUGUUCAGCGUUUACAUCUACCAAGGAGCUGCCUUUGUCUUCCGGAUGAGACACUAAAUAAAAUCCUCCUGACCGGUUCAAUGAAGACUACAGUUGGCAACUGAAAGCAAGAGAGCUUUCUACUCAUGGACCCUUCAGUGGCCGGCCAUGUUGCUUACUGUAUCUGCAUCCGUACUGUAUCUGGAUUAUGUGGGUUGAGUCCACAUCAUACACUUUUUACUGUUUUAUUUUGAAAGCAUGUAACAUGAGUGAUGCUUUUUUGGCACAUAACAUGGCUGAAUCACACACAAUGUUAAUGAAUAUUAUUCUUUUAUUGGAAAAAAUAAGGUAUCAAUCUUAGAUGUACCAAAGAUUACUGUUGUUUUAUGAAGUAGCUGACAUAGGCAUCACAUAAGCAGAAAUAACUGCUGUUUACAGAAGUUCUUAUAUUAUUUACAAUUACUUUCACUCCAUUCUGUUUUCACUAACUUGCAAAAAAGCAUGUAGGUUUUAGCUCAGAUUUUAGUCAGAAUUAGAGUAUGUUGGUACAAAAUAUUCAGUGUCUUUAAAUGUAGGAAAAACAUGGGGCAGACAUUUUGUGUACCUGAAAUGGUUCUGUGACACUGACUGGUCUUUUCCGCUAGUUCCCAACCUCCAAGGGGUCAUGAGACAAUUCACAGCAUGGGAAAGAAAUUUGUUUAAAGACUUCAAGCUGUGCUUUUAUUGUGAAAUUCUGGAUAGUUUUUCCUACUAAACCCAGUGAAAAUGAUUCAAAUGACCCAAUAUGGGAGGGGAAAUUCACUCAGAGUAUAAUGUUUUCAAACCAAGCAACAUGUCUAAGUAGAGGUAGCUUUGGGAAGGGUUGGGAACCACUGGUCAGUUGUUUACUGCAACCAUGUAGAUUUAAAGUAUGAUUUCCUUAUCCACUACUGCCCAAAACUGACUUUAGUGAUGUUGUAACACUUCUACAUCGAGGCGUAAUGAUGUGUUGCGCCAUGAAGCGUCAGAUAAUGCACAUUUGACAAUGCACUUUUUAAUUUGUUGUAUUUUCAAAGGGAGUUCUGUAUCACAAACUGAUAUUGCACACACAAUAUGUCUCCUUUCUUUUUAAAUAUUAUAUAUAUGAGGGAUGAUGUGAAGCAUGAAUGCACAGAGUUGUUCAGAGAAAGGGAAAUAUUUUUCUAUUUUAUUUUUAUUUAUAAACUAAUAAAAAUAAAAUAAAACCA